AUGACAAACGAUUUUCCUUCGUUCUGUUUUGCAUCUCAUAGAUCGAGUGUGUCUUUGGGUGUUGGCCGUUCAUCAGCUUGUGCAACAUUGCCGGUAGCUGAUAACAGCUUGCUGUUGGCUUCUCGGAGACUAGCCAACUCGGAAUUGACUGCAAACUGGAAGGCAUUGUCGCCUUCUAUACCACUUGGAAAACCAAAUGAAGCAUUGGCAUUUUUGAGGCGUAAUCUUGAGGAUUUCAGUGGCCAUACUGUUAGAGAUGUCGAGAAAUGUGAUAUAUUGCCUACUAUUUCGGAAUUGUUGACAUAUCCAAAUCAUCCAGAGUUUUAUCUUACAAGUGAUGAGUGGUCAGAUUUGGUGACUCCUGUAAUGCUAGCACAGCGACAACAUCUGUUGAAUGGGAACGACAAACUUCUUGGAAAUUGUUUGACUGCAUUCUCUGGUCCAAGAGACAGUGGCUGUGCAGGAUUAGUUGUGCAUCCCACAGGAAAUAACAUGAGCUGUAUUAAUGUGUCAUUGCUAUGUAGCGAAUGUUGUGAGAGCCCUUUGAGUGAGAGUAGUGAGUCAAACCAGUCAACUUCUGGCAUAGACAGCGACUCAGACAGUCGAUCUGGUAUUGAAGAAGGUAUCCCUAACACCGGGUUACAGAAAUGGAAGCUAGUUACUCACCAGAAGUGGGAAACGGGUUGGGAGAUACAUCAAAUCAAUUCUACAGAAGUUGCUGAUGCAAGAGUUAUUGGUGUACGGACCGACUACGGAUGCUCUUUCUUUAAGGGUCCUUCUUGUAAACAGAUGACACAAGCACACGAGGAAUACAUGGCUGAAUUUGAGGACAUUAAUGAUACUCACAUAUUAGACUCUGACCUUAUUUCACCAUUUGGAGCUCUCAAAUCAAAAUCUAGAUUGAUGCACGUUUCAAUGAGUCCUCACAUUUUUGGAGAUGCUGUUAUCUCUACUGCAAGAGAAGGGUUGUACUUGUGGUCUCCUGAGUCAAGCUUACAGACUGUGAGAACUUACGAUCCUGUGUUAGUAGGAUAUGAUGAGAAGUGGACUCAGUGUUACUUUUCUGCUCAUCCUAGACAGAUUUGGAUGGCUACUAGGAGACUUGUAGAAAAAAUUGACUGCAGGACAUCAAAUUCAAGUCUACAGUUGUUAUCAUCAAGUCCAGAUGUGAUGAAGAACGUGUCAGUGUUGCAGUCACAACUGCUGCGACAGUUUUGUGUUCUGUUUGCUACAAAGAAGCACAUAGCUUUAGUAGAUGAACGCUUUCCAUCUCAACCGCUUCUACUAUGGGAUCAUGGUCUGCAGAGAGCUCCUUGUUUUCUGGAAGUCCAAACUGUACAUGAAGGUGACAGUUCAACUGGCUGCUAUCAUAUCCUCUUAGUACUAGACGUGUGUGAUCUGUGCACGAAGUUAGUGAUGAAAUCAUGUUGCACAUGUUGUCUUGACUAUCAUACAUGCUAUUUUACUCGGUUCAAGCAAUCCAGCAGAGGCGGUCAUGUUGACUUAUAGAGAUGGAGUUGAUGUUCAGUUGGAUGGAGGCAGUAGCUUGAGUAUAUUGAAUGGUGGAAAAUCAGCAAGAUUACCUGCUCAGUCUGGGAUUUACUUUCCUAUUGGAAAGUACAGUGAUUGGCCUGGAAAGAUGAGAUUACCAU